GAGGCAGGUCCCUAUUGGCGAGGGAGCGAGGGCAGCGUGGGGCACCCCAUCUCCUAUUGGCUGAUGGGCUUACGCCUCUCUUUCCCAUUGGCCCUUGGGGCGCGGAGGUGCUGUGAGGGCUUGUGGCCAUUAGCCCACAGGUGCUGCCCCGCCUUCCCACCUGCUGGCCCCACGCUGUGUGCCCAUUGGCUGGAAGACCUGGGACCCCUUUUUCUAUUGGCUGGUGGGGAGCGGGGCCCCGCCCCAACACCCCCACCCCAACACCCCCCAGCAUCAUGGCUGCCGGGCCUGCGCAGGGUGUGAGCAGGGCUGAACCUGGCCGGGGGGCUCUUGUGACCGGGCCUCUGCCUGUCAGGGCUGCUCGCCCCAGCCGAUGUGUCCCUGGUCCUCUCCUCUGCAGGGGUGGCCGCCCUGGCCCCACCAUGGCCCCAGCGGUCUGUGGGACGCUCCUGGGGCUGGCCCUGUGCGCCAGCAGCCUGUGCGUGGCCAGCGGCACCGCUUCCCUCUACCACGACUACUGCAUCAUCGGGGCCGGGCCCGCGGGCCUGCAGGCAGCCUAUUUCCUGCAGGAGGCCGGCCGGGACUACAUUGUCUUCGAGCGGAGCCACGCACCUGGCACCUUCUUCGCCCUCUACCCUCGGCACCGCAAGCUCAUCAGCAUCAACAAGUGGCACACGGGCAAAUCCAACAGCGAGUUCAACCUCCGCCACGACUGGAACUCGCUCCUCAGCCAGGACCGCCGGCUGCUUUUCCGACGCUACUCCCGCGACUUCUUCCCUGACGCUGAUGCGAUGGUGCGUUACCUGGAGGACUUUGCUUCCCUGCUAAAAUUGCGGGUUCAGUACAACACGGCCAUUGUCCAUGUGACGCUGGAGAGGGAUGAGCAGGCCUGGAACGGACACUAUUUCCUCCUGACUGACCAUGACAGACAGAACUACAAGUGCAGCUCUUUGUUGGUCGCCACUGGGACGUGGGUCCCCAACGUGGUCAACUUUCCUGGCUCAGAAUACGUUGAAGGUUAUGAGACUGUGUCCACCAAUCCGGAGGAUUUUGCUGGCCAAACCGUGUUGAUCUUGGGCCGAGGCAACUCGGCUUUUGAGACAGCGGAAAACAUUCUGGGCGUCACAAAUUUCAUUCACAUGGUGAGCCGGUCCCGCGUGCGCCUCUCCUGGGCCACCCACUACGUUGGGGAUCUGAGAGCAAUUAACAAUGGCCUACUGGACACCUACCAGCUGAAAUCUCUGGAUGGACUUCUGGAGGGCGACCUGGAAGAUCUAGCUAUCGUCAAGGACAAGAAAGGGAAGCUGCACAUCACGCUCCGGUUCUACCUGGAGAACAGGAACGCCAGCGCAGGCAUUGACUCCAUCACCCUCCCGCAGGAUGAACUGGAUAAUUUUGCCACCCGUGCACCUUACGACCGUGUCAUACGCUGCCUGGGCUGGAAGUUUGACUUCUCUAUCUACAACAGAUCCCUUAGAAUGAUGCCGGGAAAAGGGAAUAAAAUCAAGUAUCCUCAGAUCAAACCCAACUAUGAAUCCAGAGGCACUCGGGGGCUCUUUGUUCUCGGCACUGCUAGUCACUCUGUUGAUUUCAGGAAAUCUGCUGGGGGCUUCAUCCAUGGAUUCCGGUAUACAACUCGUGCAGUCCACCGCCUAUUGGAAAACCGUCACCAUGGUGUCCCCUGGCCAUCCACAGUCUACCCUAUUACACAGCUGACCAAUUCCAUCAUUAAGCGGGUGAACGAGGCCUCAGGCCUCUACCAGAUGUUCACUGUCCUGGCUGACAUCAUACUGCUGAGAGAGAAUGCCACAGCAUUUGAGUACCUGGAAGAAUACCCAGUUGGAAUCCUGGCUGAGCUGGAAAUGCAGACGGGGAGAAAGGCUCCCAGUGGGCUGUUUGUCAUUGUCAUGGAGUAUGGGAGGAAUUUCUCUGGGGCUGACAAGGAUGUCUUCUACUACAACCGAGCCGUGGGAGAGGCACAGCAUGCCUGGCAGUCCAACUUUUUGCACCCUGUUAUUUACUAUUACAAACACCUCCCAACAGAGCAUGAGAUGAGACUUCAGCCCCCAGACUGGCCUCUCCCCCGCCCAGAUGCCAUCCAUCACAUCGUGGAGGACUUUCUGACAGACUGGACGGCCCCGAAUGCUCACAUCCUGCCACUGAGGCGGUUUUUGGAGAACUGCCUCAGCACUGACCUCCGCAACUUCUUUGCAGAGUCCUGUUUCCUGUUUGCCUUCACCCAUCAGAAGCUGCCUCCCUCCUGUCAGCAGGGGUAUGCCAGAAUGCAAGGGCUCCUGGGGGGCGAGAGGCUCCGGCGCCAUGCAGUAGAAGCUGGCCUGCUGGAGGAUUACACUCUUACAGACUUUUCGGGCGACAGACCCUCCGACAGCCACAAAGGGUCACAGGACCAGCUGCUGAGAGAUCACGUGAUAUUGGUGCGUCCACUGCAGCACCUUGUUCAUGCCAAGGAUGAACUUUAACACUUCUCCCUCCACAAUGAAACCCAUAGGUGCUGUUCUGACAAUAUUGUAACAGAGAUCCACAGUAGGAUUCUGCCCUUUCCCUGCACCUUUUCCAUCCCUGUGAUCACGAGUUGCCAAAGACCUGCUCAGAUCUUGCUGUUACGAAGAGGACCAAUGGGCUCUGAAGGAUAAGCAAGGGGCCAAAAUCCAGUGAUGCUGCGGCUCCUGCAUCGUCCUUGCAGAGUUCAGAGUUGCCUGAAGAUGGUGUUUGUGUUUAUCUCACAGACCAGUAUCUGCAGUGAUGUCCAGGGGUCAAAGAAGAGAGAGUGCAGAAACACCUGGGUAACUUAAAACAUCACAUUCUUCUUUGGAGGUGACCUCCUUGCACCUUGCGCCAGCCCGGUGCAGGCUGUCAGGUCCCUGGGUGCCGCACACUGUGAAUACUUGAAGAUUUGUUCAUGUACAGAAUCCUGAAGUGGUGCUCCUGGCAACCUGCAUGGUCUCUUUCCUGCAUUUUAGGUUGGGCUGUUGUGUAGCCUGAGUGGAGAGGGAUGGUCUUUUUUUAGUUAACCAUGUAGGUCGGGUAAUUUGUCAUUUCCCUGAGAGGAGACUCUUCCCUCCACAGAGGAGGAAUAGCUUGGCUGGAACAUCUGGGACACAGAGACUUACACUGAGUUUGACUCUACUGUCCUCACAUUUUUCUUCUCCUGCACCAAGCAGCCUGAAAGGUUAGCCCCUGUCUUUUAUAAAGCAUGACCAAUAUUUCUCCUAUUUGCACUAUGUCCCAUCAAGAAUGUUUUGGGUGGACUUUGAUGUUGUUAAAA